AUGAAUAUUCUACAAUAUCCCUGUGCCCCAAACAGUCCCAAAAUACAGUGUAGGGAGAAACUGGAACUAAAAACAUUCACUGUUGGAAACCAGACACCAAAUGUUAAAAAUGUUCGUGUGUAUGAAUUUUGUGAAGGGGUCCCCGGAGGUCAGAAACCCAUUACAUGGGUUAGCGUUAAUAAACCACCAGCAGGAAUAGAUAGAAUGUCUACCUAUAAAGUCAUAGUAGAAUCUGAUAUCACCUUACAUUGUGAAGAUUUUAAAAUGAUAUUCCAUGCUAAAGUUGGUAACAAAAGAGUAAGUUUGGGCUUUGAUAUGUCAGUAGAUGAUUUAAAUAUAUCUGGUACUAUGCAAGCUAUAGUACAAUUUAGUAUGGAUAUACCAUUUCCACAUAUAUCUAAAGCUACCAUAUCAUUUGUUGAAAAGCCAGACGUGACCUUCAACAUCCACAUGUUGCGAGCCAUACAGUUAAUGGAAGUACCAUUAUUAAAGAGUUGGAUUCAUACUAAUGUUACUGAAGGGCUUACAAAGGCUAUGGUGGACCCAGCCUCUGUAGACCUUCAUUUCGCUAAGACUGGUCCAGUACAGAUUAACAGAUCAAGCCCAACAGUAGAUCCAGCUCAAGGAGUGUUGACUGUUAAAAUUAAAGGAAAACCACCAUCUGAUGCAACUAUAGAAGAUAUAAGAUAUUGUGUAUUACGUAUUGACAAUAGAAAGAGAGAAACACGUGAUGUACCUGCUGCUGAAGAAUGGGAAGAUAUCUGUUCAUUCUUUAUCUAUAAUCUAGCUAAAGAAAAGAUACAGAUAAAACAGAAAUGUAAAAGGUUAUUGACAAGUACAGUUUUAGAUCGCCAUGAUAUCAACCUCUCCUCUCAUCCAUUUCAAGUGAGGAACAUUGCUGAAGAUGUUUUUGAAAACAAAGAUGGUUCCAAACUAACAAUAAAUAUGGAAUAUUCGGCAUUACCAAAAUUAAAUCUUGAAGAUGUACCCAAAAAUCCUGAAAACGUUGAAGAAUUUGCUGGUGUAUUGUAUGUUAAACUUCAUGGUGCUGCUAAUGUUAAAGCUGCUGAUAGAACUGGUGCUUCAGAUCCUUACUGUGUUUUAUUCUCUGAUAGAAGAAGGGUAUUCACUACACCGUAUGUACCUCAAACCAGAAAUCCAAGAUGGGAAAGAGGUGUUGAAUUCUUUGUGCGUGAUUUUACCAAGACUAAUUUAUCAUUCUUUGUAUUUGAUUGGGAUGGUACCAACACUAUUGAUGAUGAUUUCUUAGGUUCAGCUCAUUUCUCAUUAUCUGAGCAAGAAUGUUGUGUGAUCAAGAAGAAUUUAAUACUGGGCUAUAAUGAUCCUAAUAAAGGUUAUAUAGAAGAUAUAUCAUGUGGUCAAAUAACAGUAUCAGUUAUCUUUAGACCAGUACCAUCAGUAGCUAAAUCAGAGAAAUUCCGAUCCUUAUUAGACAGUAUCAGUCAAAAUAAUACUGAUUAUUUAUAUAGAGAAGAUCUGAUGUCACCAGCCACCUCAAGUGCUGUUUAUGGUAGACCUACACAUUAUAAUGUAAAUGAGGGUCCAAAUCGAUUACCGAGUCAUGCUAAUUAUAUGGAUACAUAUUUAGCAGGGAAAACUAUUGUUGAAUUAACAAUAUUACAAGGGAAAGAUCUGGUUGCUAUGGAUAGAAAUGGUUACAGUGAUCCAUUCUGUGUUGUUUUGUUGGAUAAAAACAAGGUGUUUACAACUGGUGUCAAGAAGAAGACAUUAUUUCCUAAAUGGAAUGAAACUGUAACAAUAGAAUUACCUUCAGAUAAGAGUGAAAUAGAAAUUGAUGUUUAUGAUAAAGAUAUAUUAGGAAAAGAUUUUAUGGGAAAAUUAUUUGUGGAGUUAGAUAAACUGAAGGAACUUUCAAUUAAGGGAAUAUCAGAAUGGUUUCCACUACAGAAAACUAAAUCUGGUAAAAUACAGUUAAGAUGUUCUGUUAUCUCCAAAGAUAUGGUUAAUUCAGAUAUAUCAUUUGAGCAAUCAACUUAUAAUGAGGUUUUUGAUUCUUCUUUAGAACAAACACCUCAACCCAAGUCAACUAUACCCACUAUAAAUGCUGUUAGUCCAGAUGAUGGUAAAGUUUAUGAUAAUAAUAAUAAAUAUAUGGAUCGUAACCAAUCAGCAACAUUUGAAGUUAGUCCUAAUAUACAACUUCAACGUUCCUCAUCUGAUUUAAACAUUAAUAAUAAUUCGGUACCAAGAAGUCGGACAGCUAAAAGUUUUAAUGAGAAUGAUACUAUGAGUAUAGGAAGACGUUUAGGUGGUGUUAAUACAAGACAUGGUGGAUCAGUGAAUUCUGUUGCUUUGGGAUCAAGGGGAGAUAAUAUAUCUACAGAAUUCUCCAGGUCUAAUAAUGGUAGUUCUAUAGCUGGUGAUAAAGUAUAUAGUGUUAAAGGUGAAGUUAUAUCAGCUAAAGGGUUAAAUGAAAAUAAUAAUUAUGGUGAUAUAUACUGUAAAGUUAGAGUUGAACAGCCAGGAAGUAGAAUCUCUUUGUUUUCAAAUACACGAGUCAUAGCAAAAUCACCUUUGAUUAAAUCUACUAAUCCUACAUUCUAUCUACCAUUUGAGAUUGAUAGAGGUCAUGGUAUAUCAGCUGAUAGUUUAUUGAUAUUUGAUAUCAAGAGAUCCAGUAAAGAUCAUUUGGCUACUAAAGGCUAUACAUUACGUUAUCUUUUAGCAGAAACUGAUGAUGAAUGGAAGACUAGAUUAACCAUACCACUUCAGAAUAAUAUAGAGAUAGAUAUAUCACUAGAACACGGUAAACCUACACACCAUCGUCGACGUUUAAUCAGUAACCUAUCAUUUCGUAAAGAUAAACAUCUGUAA